UAACAAUGUCAUUCCAAGUAAGGUAAUCCAUGACGCCACAUUAUUUGACUGAAAUGGGGUGGACAACGAAGUCCAUAAAUUGGACCCUCACCCACUCUCCUGCACAUCCACCAAACCAGCGAAAGAGGCACAGAGAAUGGAGGAAGAGAGGGGUAAGAGUGCUCAUGUUCUACUUCUUCCCUAUCCAUCACAAGGCCACAUAAACCCAUUGCUCUAUUUUGCUGAUCGCCUUGCUAGCAACGGCCUCCGGGUCACUUUCGUGACCCCAAUCCAAAGCAAAAAAUAUUUUCACAAGGCAGACCCCGCUGUCCUUGCCUCCACCCACCUCGAGUUCUUCUCCGACGGCCACGACGAUGGCUUGCCGCCAGAUCUCGAUUUGGAGGCUUACCAAUCCAAUCUCAGGCGUCUUGGCUCACGAGCAGUGGGCGACCUCAUAGAUCGGCUGACUGUACAGGGUGUGCGACCCGUCUCACUCGUUUAUGACUCGUUCUAUCUAUGGGCCUUAGAUGUUGCCCAUGACCAUGGUAUCCUUGGGGUCUCCUUCCUCACUCAGUCUUGUGCAGUGGGCUCCAUAUACAAUCGCUACCUUCAUGGCCAUCCUGUCAGGCCGAAAGAGCCCAAUGGGCAUGUUACGAUCCCGGGGAUGCCACUGUUGGGCUUACGAGAUAUACCGUCGUUCAUCGCCCAACCUGAAGGCAAUCGUUUCAUCCUUGAAUGGUUGUCGGGUCAGUUCGAGAACAUCGACCAAGCAGAUUAUGUGCUGGUGAACUCAUUUGACAGCUUAGAGGCAGAAGUGAGGAAGGAGAUAGCAGAAGCCUGGUCUCUGAUGAUGAUCGGGCCGGCGCUCCCCGCGGUCUACUUAGGCAGUAAAAAUCCAAGAGCAACAAAGAUGAGUGGUGAACAAGGGAUGCUCACUGAUUGUCUCCAAUGGCUAGACGGGAGGCCUGUCGGGUCCGUGGUGUAUGUCUCAUUUGGGAGCAUGGCGGUUCUUUCCGCCGAGCAAAUGGAGGAGGUCUCCGGCGCCUUGCGCAGGAGCAAGUGGGCAUUCCUGUGGGUGGUGAGGCCCCCGUCUGCAAACGAAAAAGCUGGAAAUUCACUACCAGAGGGAUUCAUGGAGGCCACAUCGGAGCAAGGGCUCGUGGUGCCCUGGUGCUCACAGCUCGAUGUCCUUUCGCAUAGAGCUGUUGGAUGUUUCGUGACCCAUUGUGGAUGGAACUCGACACUGGAGGGGCUAACCCAAGGGGUUCCCAUGGUCGCGAUUCCGCAGUGGAGUGACCAACCGACGAACUCAAAGUUAGUCUCCGACGUCUGGAAGAUGGGCGUGCGCGUCGAGGUGGACGAGAAGGAAGUGGUUCGGAGUGGAGAAGUGGAGAGGUGCAUAAGGGAGGUGAUGGAAGGUGAGAGGGGCGCGGAGCUGAGGAGGAAUGCGCAGAGGUGGAAAGAUUUGGCUUGGGAGGCCGUUGCCGAGGGAGGCAGUUCGGAUAAUAACAUUAAAAAGUUUGUUGCCAAUAUGUCUUCUUCUCACUUGAACAGCAUGUAGGAUGGAUCCUUUUUGUUUCAAGUAAAUGCUUUGGAGUUUUUUUUUUUGAUUCAGUGGAAUAUAUUUACCGUCUUCGUCCCGUUCAUGUAGUCAUAUAUGUGAAGAACUACGUAAAUUUUGGUAUUAUCUUUUGCUAUAAUUUAUUUUUUAUUUUAUUUUUUUUGUUUA